AUGAGGCCACUAUUGUCAUAUAGCGCCCGCCCAAGUCGUUUCGUACGCCCUCAGUCAAGCAAAGUGUUCCCUCCCCGGCGGCGCUGGGUGCAACGGCACCAACACUCAGCCUCAGAAAGCCGCCUCCCUCGUCUGGCACAACCUGGAUUCUGGGACUUGAUCAUUCCCAAGUCGCUCCGCAGUCACUUCACCAGGUGGGGGAGCGCUGUCCCAGAAAAGCCGACGAAUCCGGCAACGUUCUUCAUCUGGAUCUAUAUUCUGAUCGGCUCUCAGGCCAUUCGAAUCAUGGGCCUCAAGAACGAAUUCAUGGCCUACUCUCGCAAGGCCGACGUCAAGAUACAGCAGCUCAGGGAGGUCGUAGAGAAACUCCAACGCGGCGAAGAAGUGGACGUUGAAAAGAUCCUCGGUACCGGCGACGAGACGCAGGAACGCGAAUGGGAAGAGGCUUUGGAAGAACUGCAGAGAGAGGACAGAGUAUGGCAGGAAAACAGGGAGAAAAGCCGGGAAGACAAAGAGCGCCUCGCUAGGAAGGAACAAGACGCAGACCCAGUCAGUGAUGCUCAGGAUAGACCCGAGACUACGAAUCCGUUACCCUCACCAGACGUACCUCCAGUUGCGCGGCGCCCUGGGUUUUAUUGA